CCCGCUCUGAGCAAGACACCGGCAAAGCCGUCAUCGAAAGUUCACUACAGCCUCCGUCCCGCGCGCAGUCAGCUUCGUAGUCUCUCCUCUGCCAGCGUCUCAACGCCUUUUCCAACCCCCACUAGAAGCCAUGGCAGCAGCUUUCGUAGGCAAGUGGAAGCUCCACGAGAGCGAGAACUUCGACGAGUUCCUCAAGGCACUCGGUGUCGGUCUCGCGUGGCGCAAGCUUGGCCAAACGUCCAAGCCCACGGUUGAGAUCAAGGUUGAGGGCGACGAUUGGUCCAUCAAGACUCACACCAUGUUAAAGACGAGCGAGCUGAAGUUCACGCUCGGCAAGGAGUUCGACGAGGACCGCAUGGACGGCUCCAGGGUCAAGUCCAAGGUGACGCUGGAGGAUGGCAAGCUUGUUCAGAAGCAGUCCGGUGACAAGGAGGUGACCAUUGUCCGAGAGGUCAAGGACAAUGCACUGCACGUGGUCUGCUCCAUUGAUGACGUCGUCUCCACGCGCAAGUACCUGAAGGAGUGAGCUCGUAUCUCCUCUGAAACUUAACGCCGCCGGCUCACGCCACCCCGGGUUCGAGGCUGUGAACGAGGAGGUUUCUUGGGCCGACACUGUUCGUAGAGUGGCUGACCUGACUCGUCACUGGCCCCGUCCCGGCUGGGCGCGUGGUCUGUCGCGGCGUCAAGCUUCCACAGGAGACGACGGAGGUUCCAGCUGGGGCCCACCCAACAACGAAGUCUUGUCUGUCUUCGAGAUUUGGUGAACUCCGCGGGGCUGUGCCACCAGUUCCACGUUUUUUUGUUUGUUCUGCCCAAAGACAAUCUGCGUCAACCCACCUUGAUUAUUGCAUUCUUAUCGUCUUCUGUUUUUCUCUUCUUAAUGUAAAAUCAGUUACAAUUUGUGUGUUUUUUGCAAUAAUACAUUCGCGUGUGGAAGGCCAAAAUAAUUUUAAAAGGUGAACUGUUCAUCUUCAUUCGAUAAAUUUGCUUUGCCGUAUUUUUUCGUCACUCGCGCCGAUCCACUUAGUGGAUUCGCGUUUCUGUUCAUUCCUUUGACUCUCUAUGUACCCGAAGAGAUUUUCCUGUGUCGUGUAUUUUUUUGAAUAUGUCAAAUAAAUUGAUUUUUUGAUA